AUGGCCAUACAUAUGACUGUCGUGCAGCUUCUCAAUAUUGAAGACCCUUUGGUCUCAGACGACCAUCCAGCACGCGAUGACGUCACUUUUGACUAUGAGCGCUGUACCAGACUACACAAUUACCUGGUCGCAUAUGCGUGGAUGGUCCGUCAUGGACGAGACACGCCCAACCUCGAUGCGCUAGCUAGACAGAAAAGAUUCUUCAGCGAAAAGAACCAAAUCGAGAUGCAGACCGUGAACACCUGGACCCGUCGCUUAGCGCUUUCCUGGAUACGAUCUACGAUCCUGAACCAGGGCUCUUCUACUGGAUCGUCGACUUUUUGCCUGGAAGACAAUGAGCUUGAAGAUGAAGAAAAAGCGUGGUUUGUCAUGAUCUAUAAUACUACGCCUGACCUAUACUCAUAUUGCCUCGGCGUGGUCUACGAUCAGCAGCUCCAUAAGGCUACGUUCCGUUUGACUAUCGGCGACUCUGAAAGCGUAGAGCCCGUUGAUAAACACGAGAACCUGUGGUUCCCAUUAGAGACUAUUCUUACCCACUGGAUUUUCUUGAUUCGUCUAGGCAAGGUAGUUGCGGGGCUGCCCGAGUCCGAUUCGAGGCACCGAUAUCAGGAGGGAUUAUAG